AUGUGUGGUAUAUGGGCUGUGUUUGGUUGCGAUUGCGAUGUCUUCACACAAUUUAACGCCGCAUUCAAAAUAUCUCACCGUGGACCCGACGCCUUUCGACUGGAAAGUAUAAAUCAGUUCCCUUCGUGUUGCCUUGGAUUCUAUCGUCUUGCUAUUCUUGACCCAGAACAAGGAAUGCAGCCAAUGCGAGUGUCCAAGUAUCCUCAUAUUUGGCUUAUAUACAACGGAGAGAUAUAUAACCACAAAAACUUAGGAAAUCAGUUUAAUUUUGACUACGUCUCACAAUGUGACGGGGAAUCCAUCAUCCACCUGUAUGCUAAGGGCGGGAUAGAAUUCGCCGCUAAACACUUGGAUGGAGUGUUCGCUUUCUGUCUACUGGACACGGUCAACCGGAGGGUCUACCUCGGUAGGGACACAUUCGGAGUCAAGCCUCUUUUUCAUGUUGUUACGGCAGCUGGUUCAUUAUCAGUGUGCUCUGAAGUAAAAGGUUUGGUGGAUAUGAUUGGACACCAAGACAAGAUUCAAGAGGUGUUACCUGGUCACGUGGAAACCUAUAGCCUCGAUAUGCAAUGCCGCGCUUCUUUGAAGCAGACCACAACUUUUCAUCAAAUAGGAGAUUUUCCAUGUUACGCUGCAACCUUUUCACCACUUGAAAACGAAAUCAAAGUCAACAUCCGAACGUUUUUAAGGAGCGCUGUAGACAAGAGAAUGAUGUCUGACCGACGUAUCGGAUGUCUGUUGUCGGGUGGCGUAGAUUCCAGCUUGUUGACCGCAUUGUUGGUAGAGUUAGCAAAGGAACGAAAGUUGCCUUACCCGAUCCAGACCUUCUCAGUUGGUAUGGAGAACAGCCCCGAUUUGGCAGCAGCAAGGAAGGUUUCCAAACACUUGGGAACUGAGCAUCACGAGAUCCUGCUGACACCAAUGGAGGCGAUCUCCGUAAUUGAAGACGUCAUAUAUUUUUUGGAGAGCUAUGACGUCAUCACCAUUCGUGGAUCAGCUGCUAUGUACCUGCUUUGUAAAUACGUGAAGGAGAAGACAGAUUCUACGGUUUUAUUGUCUGGAGAGGGGGCAGAUGAGGUUGCCCAGGGGUAUAUCUACCUCCAUAACGCGCCCUCUGUUGAGGAAGGCGACAAAGAGAGCAGACGCCUCUGUAAGGACAUACAUAUGUUUGACGUCCAAAGGGUUGAUAGAAUGUCAUCAGCUUUUGGACUUGAAAUACGCGUGCCCUAUCUGGAUCACACGUUCACAAGUUACUACCUUUCGUUAGACCCCGAAAUAAGGGCUCCAAAGAAUGGCAUGGAAAAACAACUAAUGCGUUCGACUUUCGAAGACACGGAUUUGAUACCGAAUGAGAUCUUAUGGAGGCACAAAGAAGGUUUCAGUGACGGUCUGACUACCCUGAAAAAGUCCUGGUAUGAAAUCAUACAUGACUUCCUUGACGAAAAUAUCGACGAUUCGGAACUCAUAGAAAGCGUGUGCCAAUAUCCCUUUAACACCCCCGUCACUAAAGAGGCUCUGUAUUACCGUAGGAUAUUUGAGAAAUUCUACCCCGGACAGGAUCAUCUAACACCACACCAAUGGACGGCCAAAUGGUCAUUGUCUACUGACCCCUCCGGAAGGACGUUAAGUCACUAUAAACAGUAA